UUUGAAAUACACUCAAAGUAUUAGCAGUAGGUUCUAAUGGAAAUUAGUUUUGGGGCUACUGUUAGUAGUAUUUUUUUUUUUUCUUCUUUUAUUCAUCUACCUACUUAUGUAGAAAUUACGAACAGGUUAUUCAGGAAAAGUAUUGAAUAGCAUUGUUUAAUUAGGAGAACACAAUUGUGUUUUAAGAUGAGCUUCCAACAGUUACAUAUAGAUAACCUGUUCCAUGAUAAGGAAAGAUACCACUUACACUAAAUUAUUGUAAAAAUUUUGUAGGAUCCAGUCAGUUCUCUAGCUAAUAUUCAUUAAUGCAUAUUGGAAAUUAUUAGUUUAAUUGGGUACUCUUUGCAUUUAUUCAUCAGUUCCAAUUGAGUUCAAAAAGACAGGACAGAAGGAUGCAAAGUGACAAAAUGUAAGCUGGCAGUGAUAAAAUCUCACAUCUGGUAGAGUUCCCACUGUGAUGCUGUGUGCUCAAGUUCUUGUAUUGAAACACCUGUUGGAUGGGGAUUGUGAUACAUUUGUGGUUUAAACAUCAUGUUUAAGGCAAUAUGGAGGGGAUUAAGACGAGUCACAAUGGUCAUAAGCCGCAGCUUCAUUCUAACCCUGGGGACUGGAAUGUUCUGCGGUUUCUUCUCCUUCUAUCUCUUAAACACCACUGUAACUCUGCACCCUCGCUACAUAGAGGGCAUUAGUCCCCCUCACAGUAUAGAAAACCAUGCACACAACCACGAGGAACUGGAAAAUGCUGCUGGGCCGCUGGGGAGCGUAUCCAUGCACUCAAGUCACGAAGCUCACCAUGCAGGUGAGAGUGUGGAGGCAGAGCAACUCAAGGGAAAAGUUCGCGUUCUGUGCUGGGUGAUGACCAACCCAAAGAACCAUGAGAAGAAAGCACGCCACAUUAAAGCUACCUGGGCUCGGAGGUGUAACAAAUUACUGUUCAUUAGUUCAGAAGAAGACAAAGAACUAGGAGCGGUAGCAUUAGAAGUUGGUGAAGGUCGCGAUCAUCUAUGGGAAAAGACGAAAGCUGCCUUUGUUUAUGUUUACAAUAAUCAUUACAAAGAUGCUGACUGGUUCUUGAAGGCAGAUGAUGACACAUAUGUUAUUGUGGAGAACCUCCGCUAUAUGUUGAGUCCCUAUGAUGCAGACGAUCCCAUGUGGUUUGGCUGUCGCUUCAAGAAGUAUGUCAAGCAAGGAUAUAUGAGUGGAGGUGCUGGCUAUGUCUUGAGUCGGGAAGCUCUGCGUAAAUUUGUGGAGGAAGCGAUUCCAAAUCCCAAGAAGUGUAGACAGGAUGCUGGGGGAGCAGAGGAUGUAGAAAUUGGAAAGUGUAUGCAGAAUAUUGGAGUACGGGCAGGUGAUUCCCGAGAUAGUUUAGGACGAGGGCGAUUCUUCCCAUUUGUGCCAGAACAUCAUUUAGUUCCUGGACACAUAGGACCACAGAACUGGUACUGGGACUGGAUAUACUACCCCAACAAAGUUGGUCUAGAAUGCUGCUCAGACACUGCUGUGUCUUUCCACUAUGUGCCACCCAAUAAGAUGUAUGAACUAGAGUAUCUUUUGUAUCAUCUGAGACCAUAUGGCAUUAACCACAUGGAUCCCUUCCCACCACCGCUUCCACCUGAUGUCAACAGCAUUCCACAAAAGGUUAUUGAAAAGUAUAAAGAAUCAGCUGUUGAAGCAAAGCCCUCUUCUGGAGGUGGCCAUGCUCCAGAAACCAAACAGAGUAAUAUCAAACAAGCAGAGCAAGGGCCAAGAGAUAGGGAGAGCCCAGCAGCAGCAAAAGAAGCAGAAAAGGUUCAAGUUGGAAUAUAGAAUGAUAAUUCUUUUGAUCUUAUUUUCUUCUUUUCCAUAGAGGAGAAAAGGUACCUGUAAGAGGCCAAUGAUGUUGGCAGUUACAUAUGUGCAAAUAGAACAUGACAAAGUUAUUCCUUUGACCAAACAUAGCUUUAAGUUCUAAUAGCCAUGUAGUAUUCACUAUACAGGGUGGAAUCUUUUUUUUUUUCUUUCUUUCUUUUCUUUUCUGUUCUUUUUUUGGUGCCAUAUAGACACAUUGUCAGUAAUAUUUGGAUUUUAUAUUUAAAAUACUAACAUAUAUAAGUUUGUUUUUAUGCAUACAUUUAUAUGUGUGUUUGGAUGCUUUUGUGUGUGUGUAUGUGUGUGUGUGUGUAUGUGUGUGUGUGUGUGUGUGUGUAGAACUCAUUCCAAAGCAGAAUUUCUUCAGAAAGUUUCUACUACUUCCUGUCACAGACAUGAAUCUGUUUCUCAGUCUUCUGGUUGGCCUGGGUGCAUGAGUUUACUUCUUCCCUAACCAUUUCAGAGGUUUGCUAUAUUUAUCCAGUUAUGGAUUUAGAAUAAUGAACCAUUAUUUAGCUAUGCCUAACUGUUUAAUAUCCCAUACUCCACAAUCCAGAAAUAUUCCAAAAUAACUUUAAACAGGAUUACUCUGUGGCUUCUAGGCCUCCCUGAAUGCCAGUUUGUGAGAGCUGGCUUAACCCAAUAAUAGUUACCAAAAUUAUUUAUAAAGUUGAGUAAGGCUGAACAUUUCUUAAUGCGCACAGUUCUGCCUCCACGGUUUUCUGGCUCGUAAUAGUAUAUGUGAUAUAUUAUAGUGGCAGAUUUGUGAAAUGAUAUUAAGUUGCCAGACACCAAUGGGUUAGGGGGAUUGUCUUGUUGAGAAGGGAUAAAGCUGAGAUUUAAGCAUACAUCACUUUGUUGUAUCAAAAAAAAAAAAUUGAUAAAUAAAAUUUAAAUCAGCUUCAAGAUAAUUAGAUAAAAGUUUUCAGUAUUUUGAAUUGUGCUUCUUUUGACAUAUAAAGUUUUUGGCCUGUGCCCUGCCUCCAGUUUAAAACUUGGAGCCUGACAGCUAUGAGCCUCUCAGAAGCAGUGUUAAAUGCACCUAAGUCUUUCAAAUUGCAUGGCUAGUAAUGAAAUUAUUUGUGUACAAAACUGCAUGAUAUUAACACCAAGAUACUAUGAUGUGAAGGUAAUGCACUUUAUUAUCGAUUUUAAAUUUUGCUCAAAAAACUAUUAUACAUAAAACAUAUAUAAAGUAAUUUUUUAAUAUGUGUAUCAGUAGCAUUUCGCAUGGGCUUGAGGUAACUUAUAAAAAGAAAGAAAAAAAAAAGAAAAGAAAAAUAUCGGAAGAAGAAGUCAUCUUUUUAUUCUCAUUUCAUUGACUUGGGUAUUGCAUAUCGCUACAAGUCUUUUGAUGUAUAACGUAACGGACAUGUUUUUUUAUUGUAUACUUUCUUUUUUAUUCUUGUUUUUGUUUUUGGUCUUAUUCUUAUUCUUGAUUCUUGUUAUUCUUGUUCCUUGUUCAUAUUCUUAUUCCCUUUUCACACUAUUCCUCCUUGAUCUUAUUCUUCCUCCUCCUCCUCCUCCUCCACUCCUUCUUCUGCUUAUGAGUAUGAAACAAAGCAAGGAGAUGGUCCCCUUAAGAAUGGCUGUGCUGGCAAGUACUAUAUAUUCUCUUGCCUUGUAAUACUCACUGAUACACAGUAAAUUAUUUAUCACUGGCCAUAAUCUGCCCAAUCCUGACACUUGAGAUUCUGAUGAUUACACAUUUUUCUUUGUUAAUGAUGUUUUUUUGUUCAAAAAUAGUAUUGUAAAAAAAAGAAAAAAAGAAGAAGCUCAAAAGUAUGUAGCCAAUGCAACUCUUUCCUGCUGAAUCUGCCUUUUCUUGGAGAUUGAUUGAUUUUAUCAUCAUUAUUAUUGUUGUUGUUAUUAUUAUUAUUAUUAUUACUAUUACUAUUACUAUUACUAUUACUAUUACUAUUACUAUUACCAUUAUUACCAUGUUGUAUGUACAUGUAGUCAUUAGUAAAAGAAAAAGAAAAUAUAAGUGGUAUUUAAGCAGUAAGAAUAUUAACCUGUUACUGCUGGGUCAUGUGUAUAGCCGUCAUAACAAACAGCUUGAUCUGCUGGGUAUGGCUAUACACAUGGUGACUUUCUAGAGCGUGUCAAUCAGGAAGUUCUGUUACAUGUAGCAGAUUUCUGCUCCCAGCAGCAGGAUGGUUGCCAGAAUUCACUGUAGUCUCGAGAAAUUUCUAAUACCAUCACUGUUGGAUUAAUAGUAGGAAGAAGCAAAUUGAAAUUUACAUUAUUUCAGUAGUGUGAGGAAAGCUUACCACUUUAUUCACCACAAUUUCAUUUAGACUUAUUACUUUGUGUACAUCAUAACCAGUGACUAAGAUUACAUGUCGUCAGGAAAAUUUUUGCAAACCAUACCUGAUGUACAAUACUGAAACCGUUGAUUUUGUGUAAUUGACUUUUUCAUUAUAUAUGUUCAUCAUGGGCCUGUUGCUUUUGGUUAGCUUUCAUAAAAAUUCACAUAGAUUUGGCACAUUUUAACAUAUGUCAUCAUAAAAUCUCAUGCAAAAGAUUACAGUGCAGCAGUGAAAUUGGUAGUACAAUGGAGAGGCAAGAUGCAAGAUACUGUUUUAGUUGAUGUCUAGCACAUUUAUUUUGCUUUGUUACCACAUUUAUUUUGCUUUGUUACCAUUAACCAUUUAGUGUUUUGUGCCAUAAGCAAAGCUCAACAUUUUAUUCUUGUUUUCAUAGAUUUCCUACUUUCUGCACCUUGUAACCUAUGUUUAGGCUAAAAUGUAUCACCAGGGAGUUACAUUCCAACCAUAUUUGAUAUACAAUAAUACUCAGACAAUCAGCUUCGCAUUUUAUUUAUUUUUGUUAUAUAAAUCAUCAUUGGACUUUCAUAUUCCUUCAUAUUUGACAUGAGAACAUUGAUUGAGCAUAUUCUAACUGACAUCAGAAAGUAUUAUUGUAAUGCAAGACCAUACAGCCUUAGAACAAGCAUAAACGUAUACUGUAAAAACUAGCCAAAAUACCCAUUCUAUAUUGUGAAACUUUUAAUACAUAGAGGAGCUUACACACCCUCCUAGUUAAUGGGGAUGAUGAAGGCUAGUACAAAGUCAGCCAGAGCAACAUGGUAUGAUUAGAAAAUUGGCAAUGAAUGGAAGUGUUUAUGCAUACUCUCCCUGGGGGCACAGGGUAUCCAAGCCAAUAAUCACUAGUUUCUUAGCCAGUUGUUUAAUUUGGAGGAAUUAAAGCCACGAGUGUGGCCCAUCAUGUUAGGGGGUUAAGAAUGACCAAGUUAAUGUUUUUAUUCCCCAAUUACUCAUAGAGAAAAUUAAUUAUUUAUCAAUUUGUCACAAAUGCUAGACAGAUGGUUGAUAAUCAAGAGGUCACAUUGUUCAGGGUACCAAAUUCAUUACUUUUAUUUGGAGCAAAAUGGGUUAUUUUAUAGGCAUAUAUGCAGCCUUCUGUAAUCCCUUGGAUCCGGGUGACGUGACCAUCACAUCAUAAUAAAAAUCCAGAUCAGGAGGCGGGUGACAGUGAACAUGCUGUCAUGGGAAAAUCUGGCUGUAGACCUUGUAACGCAAACCUGUCGUCAUGGGCAUUGCAGCUGAAGGCCAGGGUGAUGGAAAAGACUUGCCACGAGUUCACAAACCUAUUGCAUUGGGAGGAUUAUUUUACUCAUUUGGCGAUUUUGCAUUAUUCCUGUCAAUGUGGAGUGUGGAAUGUUAUGUCCAUGUGCGAUGACUAGAAGAGCACCGUCUCCAUGGAGGAUGCCAUUUCCAUAUUCCUGGUGCCAUGAGCUGUUUUAUAGAAAAUUGAAUAUCUUGUAAAAAAAAUUAAAAAACCAAAUUUA